UCAAACGUAGUAAGUAACGAUUAUUCCAGAGAGUAUUCUAAACUUAAAAUAAGGACAUGUUCUUUCCUGAACAAGUUUAUUCAACGCAAUGCCUGAACAAAAAAGAAUUCUACAUAAAGGAAUUGUACGCAGAAGUCGAAACGGGGAAAGUACCUGAAAAUCCUCAUAUACAUUUUUUACUAUUAAUAUAGUGUUUUUUUUUAUGAAAGUAACCAU